AAGGCAAGUCCCCGCUUUCGUACUAGAGCUCAAAGACUUUCUCUGAUUAGCGUCUUCUGCUCGCUCAAUCACUUCAAUGGCGGCAGCGUCCGUGAAACCCGCACUUCUUUUGAAAGAUGAGCUCGAUAUCGUGAUACCCACGAUCCGGAACCUGGAUUUUCUGGAGAUGUGGAGGCCCUUUUUUGAGCCAUACCAUCUGAUCAUUGUUCAAGAUGGUGAUCCAUCGAAGACCAUCAAGGUCCCGGAAGGAUUCGACUACGAGCUCUACAACCGCAACGACAUCAACAGGAUUCUGGGUCCCAAGGCCUCUUGUAUCUCCUUCAAGGACUCUGCUUGUCGCUGCUUUGGCUACAUGGUCUCCAAGAAGAAGUACAUCUUCACCAUCGACGACGAUUGCUUCGUUGCCAAAGACCCAUCUGGCAAAGAUAUCAAUGCGCUUGAGCAGCACAUAAAGAACCUCCUCACUCCAUCAACGCCAUUUUUCUUUAACACUCUUUAUGAUCCAUACAGAGAUGGUGCAGACUUUGUCCGUGGGUAUCCUUUCAGUCUCCGUGAGGGUGUUCCCACUGCUGUUUCUCAUGGUCUCUGGCUCAACAUCCCUGAUUAUGAUGCACCCACCCAGCUUGUCAAACCUCGUGAGCGAAACACCAGGUAUGUAGAUGCUGUUUUGACAGUUCCAAAGGGUACCUUGUUCCCCAUGUGUGGUAUGAAUCUGGCAUUCAACCGUGAACUGAUUGGACCUGCAAUGUACUUUGGACUCAUGGGUGAUGGUCAGCCAAUUGGCCGUUAUGAUGAUAUGUGGGCUGGCUGGUGCAUGAAGGUGAUAUGUGACCACUUGGGAUGGGGUGUCAAGACUGGUCUGCCCUACAUAUGGCACAGCAAAGCAAGCAAUCCAUUUGUUAACCUCAAAAAGGAGUACAGUGGCAUCUACUGGCAAGAAGAGCUGAUCCCAUUCUUCCAAGCUGCAACACUUCCAAAGGAAUGCACCACUGUUCAACAAUGCUACCUUGAACUCUCCAAACAGGUCAAGGCUAAGCUUGAGAAGGUUGAUCCAUACUUCGCUAAGCUAGCAGAUGCCAUGAUCACAUGGAUCGAAGCUUGGGAUGAGCUCAACCCAUCUGCUGGAGAUUCUGCUAACCUGACCAACGGUUCUGCCAAGUAGAGACGCAUCUUUGACCGGCAGUUACUUUCCUUCCCCAUAGCUUUUCAAACCCAGUAGCUGCUUAAUUGCUGUAACUUUUAUUAUUACUAUUCGAUUCUCUGGUGUUUCAAAUUUUUUCUUCCACGAGCAUUUUUAUUUUGGCAUUUGGGGAUGUAAUCUAUUUAUACUUUUGGCAUUUGGGGAUGUAAUCUAUUUAUACUAUCUUGUUAGAGCAAUAAAGGAGAUGGGAUUUGAAAUUUAAGGAGACAAUUACUUGA